CACCCGCGAGAACGGAGUCUACGUUUCAGUGAGGCCGUUCGCGAGCGUUUGUCUCUGCUCGCUCCCGAGGGACCUGCUCCGCCGCCACAGGAGAGCUUGCUCCAUCGCUCGCUCGCUCGCGCAACCGAGGAUGCUGCUGUUGCCGCAAUUGCCGCUGCUGGGGGCCAGAAGUGGAGUGUCGGGCCGGCGCUGAGGGACCCUCCCGUGCGCCCCUCCCCUCCCGCUUUCUCCUUUCCUUCCUCCCCAAUGUUUAAAUGCUUCAUGUGAUUAAAAAGCAGCCGCCGCAGCACCCCGACGUCGGGCACCCAGGAUAUCGGUCGCGGGCACCGGCCCUUCCUGCGCGCCGAGGAGGGCGACGAGCGCGGCUCCCUUCCAUCCCUUCCUCCCUCCCCCUUCCCUCCCUUCCAUGGUCCUGGAGGUGGAAAUGUGGAGAUUUCAGGCACGCAGGCUGAGUGGAUUCGUCUCUGCUUUGGCAGCUCUUUGUCUAGCCUGCUGCGCCCAAAGCCCAGCCACUGGGAAUAUAUCCGUGGUUAAAGAUAUUGUGGACAAAUUGCUGAAAGGGUACGAUGUCCGUCUCCGGCCUGACUUUGGAGGUAACCCCGUUACUGUCGGAAUGAGCAUCCAUAUUUCGAGCAUUGAUCAGAUUUCUGAAGUGAAUAUGGACUAUACCAUCACCAUGUAUUUCCAGCAAAGUUGGCGAGAUAAGCGUCUAGCAUAUAGUGAUCUAGCUCUAAAUCUCACCCUGGAUAAUCGGGUGGCUGACCAGCUGUGGCUCCCCGACACAUAUUUCCUAAACGACAAGAAGUCCUUCCUGCAUGGGGUAACAGUCAAGAACCGGAUGAUCCGACUUCACCCAGACGGGACUGUUCUUUAUGGCUUGAGAAUCACUACCACGGCUGCUUGCAUGAUGGACUUAAGGAGAUACCCCCUUGAUCAGCAAAAUUGCACUUUGGAAAUUGAGAGCUAUGGCUACACAGUUGAUGACAUCGUGUUCUUUUGGCAAGGGAAUAAUUCAGCUGUGACAGGGAUGGAGGUCCUCGAGCUGCCCCAGUUCACCAUCAUUGAGCAAAGGCUUGUCACCAGAGAAGUGAACUUUACCACAGGUUCCUAUCUUCGCUUGUCACUCAGCUUUCGAAUAAAACGGAACAUCGGUUAUUUCAUCCUUCAGACAUACAUGCCUUCCAUUCUCAUCACGAUUCUUUCCUGGGUCUCUUUCUGGAUUAAUUACGAUGCCUCUGCAGCCCGGGUUGCCCUAGGGGUCACCACAGUCCUCACCAUGACGACCAUCAACACGCACCUUCGGGAAACCCUGCCCAAAAUCCCCUAUGUCAAAGCCAUUGACGUCUAUCUCAUGGGCUGCUUUGUCUUUGUGUUCCUGGCGCUCCUGGAAUAUGCCUUCGUCAACUACAUUUUCUUCGGCCGGGGCCCCCGGCAGCAGAAGAAACAGAGCGAGCGUCUCAACAAGGCAACGAACGAGAAGCACCGCUAUGAGGAAAAGCGGGUGAGAGAGCAGGUGGACCCUUAUGGCAACAUUCUUCUCAGCUCUUUGGAAAUGAACAAUGAAUUAUUAGCAUCUGAUAUGAUGACAACAGGAGGAGAAUCACGAAACUCUGUCAUGUCCUAUGAAGGAUCAGGAAUCCAGUUCCGCAAACAGCUGGGACCCCGAGAUGGUUUUGGACACCACCCACCGCUAGAACGCCACGUCCCAUUGACCCAUCAUGCGGCAGCCCGUAAUCGUGCCAACUGCCGACUCCGCCGACGAUCAUCCAAGCUGAAGCUCAAAAUUCCUGACCUGGCAGAUGUCAGCACCAUUGACAAAUGGUCAAGGAUCAUUUUCCCCAUCACUUUUGGAUUCUUCAACCUGGUUUACUGGUUGUACUAUGUAAAUUGAUGCCUGCAGACCAGAGGAAGAAUAGGGGGAGACACUCAAGACUAUGACAACAACACAGGAGUGUGGCGAUCUUUGGGGUUUGGUUAUUCUCUUGAUUAUGACCAAUUUUUCACUCCAUCCCCACCUUUGAUUUACAUUUCUGCAAAUCGUUAUUCCUCUUUUCAGCACAUGAUGCGCACACAGAGUUUGUGUGGUGGGCUACGUGGGUUUGUUGAAGGGGGAGGGAAUGGUUUUCAGGGAUUUUCCUACCUUCCCUCCCUCCCCCUCUCUCUUAUGCUUGAAAUACUUCACCCCCAGGGAUGGAUAGGGGGGAGAUAAUCUCUGUCUCUUUUAAUUCAUUAUUGCAGCUAGUUUAGUUAUUAGGGUAGUCUUGCAAAAGUUAGCUCUAGAAUAUGUUGGCAAAUGCCUGGCCAUCAUCUCCAUUGACUCGCAGAUUGUGCAGUUCCUUACCUGUGAGGUUAUUCCAAGAGUUUUUCUUUCUUCAUGGAUUCUUUUGAAAGACAUUCGUCCACAGUAUGAGUUUCCUUUGUUUUGUCUCACCUUCUAUCUCAUAGGUGCAUAAGGGUUUGUUUAAAACAAUCGAACCCUUAUUUUGCAACUGUUUGGGCAGAAAGGGGAAAUUACCAAUGGGGGAGGGGGGGACAUCUGCUGUGAGUAUGUUGAGGACAAAGGCAUGUUUGCAAGAUGCAUUUACGACUUUCAGACUUUGGGGAGUGUUUGCUUUCCUGGAGUAUGUGUAUACCUUCUGGGGUGAGGGAGGAAUUUGUAUCUUCCAUUGGUGGAAUAGAACCGAGAGUCCUAGGAAUAAAGGAAGGCGGCGAUGGCGAUGGCUGCUCUGUAUCCCUCCUUCAGGUUGACUUUGCCCAGGUUGAGUGGGCCCCUUUGGGGCUGCCACAGCUUUCCCUGCCACUGUCCUUAUUUCUUGAUGCCAGAGAUGGGCUUGAAAACAUCUCUGGUGGCAGUAAAGUUUAGAUAGAUCCUUUCUACAGCUCUUUUUAUAAUCUCUUUUGAUUGGAUGUAAUGUAACCUAGGAAUAGAGUCCAUGAAGUUAUAAUGAUUUGCAAAUUCCAAUGAGCAAAAUUGUGGCCCAUGAUCUGUUGUUUAAUUAUUUUUAUUUUAUUACUUUAUUUUGUCUUCGAUUUUAUUUACAGAAUAACAGAGUUGGAAAGGACCUUCGAGGUCUUAUAGUCCAACCUUCUGCUCAGGCAGGAAACCCUCCAUCAUUUCAGACAAAUGGUUGUCCAAUCUCUUCUUAUAAACUUCUAGUGAUGGAGCACCACAACUUCUGGAGGCAAGUUGUAC